AUGGCUAGCAACAACGCAAUGUAUAUCCGGCAGCAGAUGUCGGCCCUGCUGGGCAGUACGUCGACUUCGAUAAAGUUCAUCUGCAUAGCGACGCUGGUCGGGUAUAUGAUUUCCUUCUCCGAGCGGAUAUCCGUACUGCUGUGCGUCACACCGGGCUACCUGAUGCCACCGACGUUCUGGAUAUGGACCAUCUUUACCUACUUCUUUAUAGAGCAGCACUUCUGGGAGGUGCUAGUGGAUCUGGUAACGGUCGGGCUGUGCGGUAAGCUGAUCGAACCGUCCUGGGGCCAGAUGGAAAUGCUACAUUACUUCGCCAUCACCAAUACCGGGGUGGCCAUCUUGACAAGCUUCUACUAUCUGUUCUACUCGAUGAUAACCAAAGAUGCGGAGAUUCUAUUUAAUGUUCGUAUUUACGGGCUUGCUGGAAUGAAUGCAGCAAUAAGUGUAGCCGUUACACAGAUAAUGCCCGACCAUCUAAUAGCCAGAACACCGCUCGGUAAAUUCUCCAACAGAAAUGUACCACUGACCGUUGUCAUAGCAUCAAUUUUGCUAUGGGCUUGUGGAUUACUAGAUGGAACCUACCCAGCAAUGUUUGCGUCGGGUCUGUACGUUUCCUGGGUGUAUCUGCGAUUCUAUCAGCGACACUCGAACGGCACGCGUGGUGACAGUGCGGAAAACUUCCGCUUUGCAAGCUUCUUCCCGAACGUAUUGCAACCAUUCAUCGCAGUCAUUGCAAACCCGGUGUAUCUGGGCUGUUUGCGAAUAGGGCUAGUCAAACGGUUGAGUCCACAGCAGUCAAACUCUUCUUCUCUGCAAUCGAUCAGCGUACAGCUGCCCGGUGUAGAUCCGCACGAUAUGGAACGGCGGAGGCAAAUUGCUCUAAAAGCAUUAAGCGAACGGUUGUCCAAAACGACCGACUCUAGUCGUCAAAACACCGUCCCGAAGUCAUUCCCACAAACAACCACUGGAAAGCACCAUCAUGGAUCACACCAUGGGCAUAGUCACGGGCAUGGGCAUAGCCACGGACAUCAUCAUCAGCAACAUCAGCAACAGUUCGGUGGGUUACCACCGUUUCAGGGUUUCCCCAUGACGGUGGAUCGUCCAGCGAUAGCAUUACCUCCCCCACCAUCGAUGAUCGCGUCGAGCAGUAGUGGCAACACUGCAAAAUUACCAGCGAACCCAUCCUUGCCCAGUACGGCUAGUCUACCGUCCUCUGCACCAGUGAACAAUAUGUCCACGAACCUGAUCAACCUUGAGGCAACCGAAGCUAGCAACAGCAGUAGUAGUGGUGUCCCUCCUGGGGGGCCACCAACGUCCUCCAUGUAA